CCAUGAAGCGGUUGGCAUCAGUCGCUGGGACUGCUGACCAAGGCCGGGUCUGAGGAGCUGUGUGGCGGUAGCAGGGUCAGAUGAUGAUGAUAAUAAUCAGUGGUUGUCGAGGGUACAACCGGUCAGCACCUCAAGAAUAAAUGUCAGUUGGCUUUUCAUAGCCCAUCAUUCAGAGUUCGAGACAGCUUUAUCUUGGCCAGGUCGCAAUUGUAAAUGAGAACUUGUUCUCAACUUGCCUACCUGGUUAAAUAAAGAUGAAAUUAAAAUAAAAUAAAAAGGUGUGGUAGAGGGAGUCCAAAACAGCAGGACGAGGACCAGUGAACACAUCCAGUGACAAGGCAGAACAGUUGAAACUGGAGCAGCAGCACGACCGGGUGGACUGGGAACAGCAAGGAGUCAUUAGGACAGGUAGUCCUGAGGCAUGGUCCUAGGGCUCUGGUCAGUUGAAACUGGAGCAGCAGCACGACCAGGUGGACUGUGGACAGCAAGGAGUCAUUAGGCCAGGUAGUCCUGAGGCAUGGUCCUAGGGCUUAGGUCCUCCGAGAGAAAUAGAGAAUUAGAGAGAGCAUACUUAAAUUCACACAAGACACCGGAUAAGACAGGAGAAAUACUCCAGAUAUAACAAACUGACCCUAGCCCCCCGACACAAAUUACUGCAGCAUAAAUACUGGAGGCUGAGACCGGAUGGGUCAGGAGACACUGUGGCCCCAUCCGAUGAUACCCCCGGACAGGGCCAAACAGGCAGGAUAUAACCCCAACCACUUUGCCAAGGCACAGCCCCCACACCACUAGAGGGAUAUCUUCAACCACCAACCUACUACCCUGAGACAAAGCCAAGUAUAGCCCAUGAAGACCUCCUCCACGGCACGAACCCGAGGGGGCGCCAACUCAAUCAUAGUACCUACUAAAUGAGUCUUAAACAAAGACUUAAAGGUCGAGGCCGAGUCUGCGCCUCACAUGGGUAGGCAGACCAUUCCAUAAAAAUGGAGCUCUAUAGGAGAAAGCCCUGCUUUCAGCUGUUUGCUUAGAAAUUCUAGGGACAGUAAGGAGGCCUGCGUCUUGUGACCGUAGCGUACGUGUAGGUAUGUAUGGCAGGACCAAAUCGGAAAGAUAAGUAGGAGGAGCAAGCCCAUGUAAUGCUUUGUAGGUUAGCAGUAAAACCUUGAAAUCAGCCCUUGCCUUGACAGGAAGCCAGUGUAGGGAAGCUAGCACUGGAGUAAUACGAUCAAAUGUUUUGGUUCUAGUCAGGAUUCUAGCAGCUGUGUUUAGCACUAACUGAAGUUCAUAUUCAGUGCUUUAUCCGGGUAGCCAGAAAGUUGUGCAUUGCAGUAGUCUAAUCUAGAAGUGACAAAAGCAUGGAUUCAUUUUUCUGCAUAAUUUUUUGACAAAGUUUCAGAUUUUUGCAAUGUUACGUAGAAAAGUUCGUCAAAAGAGAGAUCAGGGUCCAGAGUAACGCCGAGGUCCUUCACAGUUUUAUUUGAGACAACUGUACAACCAUCAAGAUUAAUUGUCAGAUCCAACAGAAGAUCUCUUUGUUUCUUGGGACCUAGAACAAGCAUCUCUGUGUUGUCCGAGUUUAAAGGUAAAACAUUUGCCACCAUCCACUUCCUUAUGUCUGAAACACAGGCUUCCAGGGAGGGCAUUGUUGAGGCUUCACCACGUUUCAUUGAAAUGUACAGCUGUGUGUCAUUCGCACAGCAGUGAAAGUUAACAUUAUGUUUCUGAAUGACAUCACCAAGAGGUAAAAUAUAUAGUGAAAACAAUAGUGGUCCUAAAAUGGAACCCGGAGGGACACCGAAAUUUACAGUUGACAAACUGAUAUCUUUCCGACAGAUAAGAUUUCCAAUUUGGGUUUCCAAUCUCUCCAAAAUAAUGUGGUGAUCGAUGGUAUCAAAAGCAGCACUAAGGUCUAGGAGCACGAGGACAGAUGCAGAGCCUCGGUCUGACGCCAUUAAAGGUCAUUUACCACCUUCACAAGUGCCGUCUCAGUGCUAUGAUGGUGUCUAAAACCAGACUGAACCAUUUCAUAUACAUUGUUUUUCUUCAGGAAAGCGGUGAGUUGCAGGAAUGGGAGAUUCGAUAUGGGCCGAUUCUUCGCUUUUUUAUAUUUUCUCUGUCAGGGUUCGGCUUUUUCAAGAGAGGCUUUAUUACUGCCACUUUUACUGAGUUUGGUACACAUCCAGUGGAUAGAGAGCCGUUUAUUACGUUCAACAUAGGAGGGCCAAGCACAGGAAGCAGCUCUUUCAGUAGUUUAGUUGGAAUAGGGUCCAGUAUUCAGCAUGACGGUUUAGAGGCCAAGACUAUUUUCAUCAAUGUGUCAAGAGAUAUAGUAUUAAAAAACUUGAGUGUCUCCCUUGAUCCUAGGUCCUGGCAGAGUUGUGCAGACUCAGGACAACUGAGCUUUGGAGAAAUACGCAGAUUUAAAGAGGAGUCCGUCAUUUGCUUUCUAAUGAUCAUCUUUUUGUCAAAGAAGUUCAUGCUGAAGUGAAAGCCAUCCUCUUGUGGGGAAUACUGCUUUUUAGUUAUCUUUGCGACAGAACAAAAAUACAUUUACGUUCUUAUUCUCCUCAAUUAAGUUGGAAAAAUAGGAUGAUGGAGCAGCAGUGAGGGCUCUUCAAUACUGCACGGUACGGUCUUUCCAAGCUAGUCGGUAGACUUCCAGUUUGGUGGAGCAGCAGUGAGGGCUCUUCGAUACUGCACGGUACUGUCUUUCCAAGCUAGUCGGAAGACUUCCAGUUUGGUGUGGCGCCAUUUCCGUUCCAACAGGACACUCAAGUCAGUAAGAAAGUAAUCACUACAAACUAUGUAACUGAGCUGUUAAACCAAUUAUCUACAUCACCGGUUGCUCUAUAACUGGACUAGACUAUUCCCGAUCCAGAUAGUUUUCUUUUUAAGAGAGAUUUUUAUCAGAUGGGUCAUCGGCACCAACCCAAAACAACAAGCAAUGAAACAAAUGCAACCCAUUCGUCUUACAUAUUCCCAGACGCGAAUAGCAUUAAUUUCUAGGAUGUAUUUAUUGUGUGUCUAGUGCUGAAUAAAAGACGUUUCAAUGAGAGUUGUACUUUUUUACAUUUUGUUUGGGGUGAAUGUAGCAAAGACUAGCCAAAAGUAAUGUAAUGAAACAGGCAGGGAGCAGGUCUCGAACCCUCGACCUUCUAGCCCGAGGUCCGGCGCGCAAUCCACUGUGCCGCAAAAGCAUGCUCGUGUGGCAGUCGAUUUCCGCACUUAUAAACCAAGGGUCGUUACAAUACAGUUAGCAAAGCAAAGUCACGUGCGACUUAUAUCACUUAUUCAGCGAUGGCUGGUUCAGUGCUGAAAUGAGCGCAUCAUUAUUUUCAAUGAAAUCAGCGCAUUUCAUAACAUUACUGGCCAUUCAUAACUUUAUUAACAUUCUGACAUUGUUUCAGAACAUGGUCCAGGAGGAGAGGAGCUGGAAGAACUGAAAAAGACUGGAGGGGAGGAGGAGGAGAGGAGCUGGAGGAACAGAAACAGACUUGAGGAGAGGAGUCGGAGGGAGAGAAACAGACUGGAGGGGAGGAGGAGAGGAGCUGGAGGAACUGAAACAGACUGGAGGGGAGGAGGAGAUGAGCUGGAUGAACAGAAACAGACUGGAGGAGAGGAGCUGGAGGAACUGAAACAGACUGGAGGGGAGGAGGAGAGGAGCUGGAGGAACAGGAAUAGACUGGAGGGAUGAGGAGAGGAGCUGGAGGAACAGGAACAGACUGGAGGGAGUAGGAGAGGAGCUGGAGGGACAGAAACAGACUGGAGGGAGUAGGAGAGGAGCUGGAGGGACAGAAACAGACUGGAGGAGAGGAGGAGAGGAGCUGGAGGGACAGGAACAGACUGGAGGGAGGAGGAGAGGAGCUGGAGGAACUGAAACAGACAGUGCAGUGGCACUGUGUGUUGGAGACAGUUUUUUCCCUUGGGAUAUUAACAUUAAAUCCUAUCCUAUAAGGAGGAGAUAGAUCGUCUGAGGGACCAGCAGAGUAGACCCCAGCCCCCCGGCCUUGCCGAGUCAUGCACCCCGGACAUCAUCACCGAACUGGAGUCGGACAUCACCCAGCUGAAGACCUCAGGAGAUGCCUGGAGGAGGACCAUAGAGGACCAUAUAGGACCAUAGAGGAGCAUAGAGGAGCAUAGAGGACCAUAGAGGAGCAUAUAGGACCAUAGAGGACCAUAGAGGACCAUAUAGGACCAUAGAGGAGCAUAGAGGACCAUAGAGGACCAUAGAGGAGCAUAGAGGACCAUAGAGGACUAUAUAGGACUAUAUAGGUCCAUAGAGGACCAUAGAGGACCAUAGAGGAGCAUAGAGGACUAUAUUGGACCAUAGAGGAGCAUAGAGGACUAUAUAGGACCAUAGAGGAGCAUAGAGUACCAUAGAGGACUAUAUAGGACCAUAGAGGAGCAUAGAGGACUAUAUAGGACCAUAGAGGAGCAUAGAGUACCAUAGAGGACUAUAUAGGACCAUAGAGGACCAUAGAGGAGCAUAGAGGACCAUAGAGGACCAUAGAGGAGCAGCGAGGUCACCUCCUCUCCUCCCAACAGUCUCUCCUGGCGCAGCAGAAUGAGUUGGAGCAGGCCCACCAUCGCCACGAGCAGAGCAGAGAGAACUACGAUAGGCUGAUCCACGCCAAGGACGAGGAGAUUGGGCGCCUGCAGCAGGAAGUAGUAGAUCACCUCGGCCCACCCGAUACUCCCAGGAACAGGAACAGGAAGUGGUCAUUCUCCAACGGGAAGACGAGACCAAGUCGUCCCUGAAUUACAGGGAGAACGGCAACGAGAAACACGAGAAACGAGAAACACGACCUGUCCAAGAUGGAGGUAGAGAGACUAGUGAAGGUAUUUCCUGAAUUACAGGGAGAACAGCAACGAGAAACACGACCUGUCCAAGAUGGAGGUAGAGAGACUAGUGAAGGUAUUUCCUGAAUUGUUGUUGUACUCAACAGCAGCUGAUGAUUCGGGAUGAAUUACCAUUCAGGGGGGAGAAGGAGACGGAAAUCAGCCAGCUGAAUCAGAAGAACCAGAACCUCACCAGACAGCUGGACCAGCUGGUGGUCUCCAGAGAGGAGAUGGGGAAGCUCAGCCAGAUGGUCUAGCAGAAAGAUGUAGAGAUCCAGGCGCUGCACUCCCACGUCUCCCUGGGGGGACGAGGCCACAGCCAAGACGUGAUGUUCCUCCAGCAGCAGCUGCGGGCCUACGCCGUGGAGAGAGAGCAGGCCCUGGCGGUGCUGAAUGAGAAGACGAGGGAGAACAGCCGGCUGAGGGGAGACUACCAUCACAUCAUUGACAUUGUAGCAGGGAAGGAGGCUCCUCAAGGUCCAGCAGGAGAACAUGAGGCCGUCCACCAUGUCUGACCCCUCAGGGAGUCGAGAGAUGUUCAGAGAGACCAUUCAGAACCUGUCACGGCUCAUCAGGGCUCUGAUGAGGAACCUGUUCAUGGGGUACUUCCACACCCCGAAAGACAAACGCUCUGAGGUGCUGAGGCUCAUGGGUAGUGUCCUGGGACUAGAUAAGGAUGAGGUCAACCAGGAGGGGUGGCAGCCGGCAGGGGAUAGAGAGUAGCAGGGGAGUCCAACCCUUCCCUAGCUCCCCACUCUGCGGCCGUGCCACUGAUGCAUCAUGGGAGUGGUAGUUCCAGUGGGUCGGGAGGACACCACCUCCCGAUGAAACCUAUCUCAGACAACCUUCCCACCUUCACGCCUGUGUCUGUCUCUGCCGAGAACGGAGGGCAGGUGCUCAAAGACUUAUUCAAGCAGUGAUUGGAGCCACGGCCUGUCAAUCAGAGCUCCUCAUCCAAUCAGGAGGAACGUAGACACUGCAAUAGACUGAGAUGGAGGAGGAGGAUUACUCUUCUCUUUUUUAAUUUUUUUUAAUUUUUAUUUUUUUUAUUUUUUAUUAACAACAAAUCAAUACAUAAAGCACAUGAGGGAACACAAGCAUACAUAGAUUACAAACAAUGGACAAUCGAGCUAGGG